CCGCGUUCAACCACCACACACGACACUCACAUCUAUCGGCUCCCGUGUUUACAAGUAACCUACGCUCGUGCGUAUAAGUCCGCUGCAGCGGAGUGACAGUUACCGCGGGUGCAAGGGUGGCCGGCGCGACGGAGACGGUGCAAGGCAUGUUGAUGGCGGGCGCUCUGCCGGCCGAGCCCGAGGGGCUGCUGGCGUUAGGCGCACUCCCCGGGCAGAAGGACACCACAUGGACGAAACUCUUUGUUGGCGGUCUCCCAUAUCACACCACGGAUAAGAGCUUAAGAGAACAUUUCGCAGUUUAUGGAGAUAUAGAGGAGGCCGUCGUUAUAACAGAUAGACAAACUAGCAAAAGCAGAGGAUAUGGAUUUGUAAUAAUGGGUGAUAGAGCGGCAGCGGAGCGAGCGUGUAAGGAUCCCAACCCUAUCAUAGACGGAAGGAAAGCCAACGUCAAUCUAGCAAUAUUAGGAGCAAAGCCCAGAGGAAACAUAGCACCAGGAUUUGGGUUAGCUGCGGCCGCGGCGGGAGUUCGUGCCGGCUAUCCUACAGUUCUGCCAGCGCAUUAUGGGUUAUCCCCGGGAUACGUGUACGGUGCUCCUAGUUAUAUGGGGACGAUGAGCGGAGUAGGAGCGAGCGUGGGCACUGGAGCUGGUGGACUUGUUCAGUUGCCGCAGUUGCAGCACGCGGCUGCUGUAGCUGCCGCCAACCACCUGUAUGAGUACCAGGCGGCUGCGGCCCAAGGGGCGGCCGCUUACCAACAGCAAUAUGCAGCAGCUGGAUUCGAUCCCUAUGCAACCGCUGCAGUAGCAGCUGCCGCAGCGGCCAGCGGAGCCGGUUACGUUUCACCUUAUUACGCCCUGCCCGGAGGCGGAGUGCAAGCGCCACUGCUUCCACCGCUUCCGUACCCACCACAACUCCAAGAAGCUCGUAUGCAAUAGUGCAUUAACCUAAACUAUGGCUGCAAGUGAUGGUACCAAUAAUAUUUUAAAACAACUUUAAACCUAAAGCCAUUACCAAAAAUGCGGUAUCUUAAAUGUGAUGAGAUAGAGUCAGUAUUGAAAUUUAGUGAAAUCCUGUCGUCCAGUAGGUGGAAAUGUGGUUUCCUUACCGCAAUAAAUAAACGAAAACAAGCAGUAUCAUAUCACAUCAAAAUACGAUUUGUUUCAACCAAAUAUAUAUUAAAAAUGACCAAAGCUAUAAGCUUUUCAACUAGUUAUAAGACAUUAUGAGGGUACUUAGAUAUGCCAGAACUUCGGUGAAAGAUUUAGGAAAUAAUCAAAUAAGAAAAUUUAUAAAAGUACGUUUCGUAAAAGUACGUUAGGUAAAAUAAAUCAAACUAUAGCAAAUAAAGGAACUAUUUGGAUCUAACUCAUGAGGUGAAUGUAAAAUGAGACAAUCAAUAUGCGUUUUUCAAAUUAGAAUCGACCGGCGGGCACAAAAGUGAGGCAAAUAGAGUUUUUACUUUAAUCACGCCAAUUCUUUUGUGGACACAAAAGAGCAGUUAUUAAUCAAACAUUCAACCAUGUUCUUGUUUUCACUUAGUGAAUUGUUAGUAACAGAUAAGUCACCAGAUAAGCACAAUAAUUAGAAACAAUGGUUAUUAAUAAUUAACUUAACAACAGUUAAUGUAAAUUAAUCUCGACUUGAGCAACCCAUUUUGUCAUUUUGGAUUGUUCUGUAACUCUAAAGUUACUGGCCCUACUACGCGUCCUUAAUAGUUACAAAGUGAAAAUAAGUCUGGACUGUAAAGUUUGUAUGGUUACCGCUACCGGUCACAACUAGCAAGAAAACACGUAUUGUGACGUCUUUAAAAACUUUAAAUAAGUAAUCUUCUAACUCGAUGAUUAUUUAUUUUAGGUAAUUUGAAAUGAAAAGAAAGUAGUCAUUUACAGUAAGUUUCUUUAUAUGCGUAGUAAUAGUUAAUACGUAGCUACGGUAAUAUUUCUUGCCUCAUUUUUAGCUUCCUAAAAACAAACCAUAUUUUUUUACCUAUAGCAUAUUUUUAAAUCUAUUAUUAGGUACAUAAUUUAUACGUUUGUAUUAAACUAUACUUUUCAUUAAAUAUAGAUAAAAGCAAAGAGCUGUCAAAUGACAAUAAUCAUGGUAAAUGUCAUUGUUAAGCGAAAAAAAAAAAACGAAAGAUUAGAAAAUGCUUUCCAGAGUUUUAUCGUUUGUCCUUUUUGCUACAGAAUUUAAGAAUAUAUUUUUCUUCCGAAUACCUUCCUUUCUAUUGAUUUUUUAAAAAAAAGGACCUAUAUAUUAUUAAUGAUUAUUACUAAUGAUUUUGAGAAAUCGCCGAACAUAUUGUGAUGGAACGAUGAUGAGUGUUUGGUACCGUUUGUAGAUAAAAAACUAUUACAAUGAUAACUACUUAAAACUAUGCAAGUAAAAAUGUAUGAUUCUUUAAUGGAAAACAUAUUUGUCAUUAUAUUAUUUCAGUUUCUCUUAAAAUCGUUCAUAUAUUGUUUAAUUAUAUAAACCGAUAAACAUAUAUAAAAAUGGCUGAGUAAAUACGAAUGUCACUAAAUCUUACAAAUCUGGCUUGGUUUCAAGAAAGCCAUUAACGUAAACAAAAAAAUUCUAGAUAAAUAUAUUGUAAUAGGGAAAGGUUACAAUGUUACAGUAAUUUAGCUUAUAUUGUGUCUGUAUUACGCGUCCAUAUUGCUCAAUACGUCCUAAGAUGGACUUGGUUUAGCUUAAGGUUAGAGGAGAGCAAUAAAGGGCUUAUGUAUUAAUUAAUGUAAGUCAUUUACUUUAAUAUCGAUGUAAAUCACACUAAUAUAGGCCCUCGUAAAAUUACUUUGUUCUCCAAAGCGGUAUAGGGUACUUAUUAGUUAGAAUAAACCAAUUACUAGUCCAUAUAAUAUUAAUUAUAAUGAGUUUUGACUUCCGCUGGCCGUUAUUUUAUUAAUUUUAUUCAAAUAACAAUUAUAAGUAUUUAAAGAUCUUUAAAACUUAUUAGAAAAAAGGGUAUUUCGGUUGUACAAAACUUUGUUACAAAGAAAUAAUUAAAAUAGUAACGGCCAUCGUCGUAGUACAAGCAAGUUAAGGGCACUAGAGAUAGAAGAAUCACAGAAAAUAUGUAGAUGAUAAGUUAAUUUUAAUUAUUAUAAUAUACUGUUAUUCGUAAUUUAUUUUGUUGAUAUUUGUAAAUCUACAUGUUGAUAACUAUUUAUUAUGUGGAAGAGUAAUAAAAAUUGUUGAAUAUUUAUCGAACGGAUCGAAUCUCUUAUCGCGGCAGUCUGAGUUAAAACCACGGUUCGGUCCAAUAUAUUGAAUUAUACACACAUUAAUUAUAAGUAGAGUAUAAUAUUAGACGUGUACCAAAAACAUGAACCAUGUUAGCCAUAUACGUGGCCAUCUUGCCUUAAAAUAUUUUAAUCUAUUGUAUAGAUCAUUAACUAAACAAAGAACUAUAUACUGACCAUGUUAUGACAUAUCAUAAAAUCAGAUGUAUGGAAUAUGAGCUAAAACGAGCCGAACAGUCCAUAAGUGCAUUUCAUUCAAAGUAAUAUAAGCACAAUUUAUUUAUGUAUAACUUAUAUAAAAUGUGAAUUCAUAAUAAAAUAAAAUACCUAAUAAUUGUUAUGAUUAAUUUAAAAUUAUACUAUAAUGUACUUAAUUUAGGAUAAUCUAAAAUGAAAAAUAAUUUUAUAAGGUAUAA